UAUCAUUUCUUCUUCUGAGAUCUCUCAGACUGUUGCACAGCCAAAGUGGAUCAUACGAAUGGAAAGCAUCAAUGUGGAAACGGACUGGGAUGCUUUAACCCUCUCCUCUCUGAUCCUGACGGGAAGGAACAACCACUCUUUGUUUGAGUUCAACACCCUCAAUGGCUCCCACAGCAGAGGAUCUUUCUUUGGGAUCUUUCCAGAGAAUGGCUCAAACACCACCCCUUACCCAUUUCCCCAGCCCAGGGUGAGGGACCAGGGCCUGGCCCGAGCAGAGAUCGCUGUGCUCGGGGUAAUACUGGCUCUUACCACCCUGGGAAACAGUUUUGUGCUUUGGGUGCUGCUCAGGAGGAGGAAGCACAAUGCGCCGAUGCACGUGUUCAUGGUCAACUUGUGCGUGGCUGACCUGGUGGUGGGCUUCUUUCAGGUUCUUCCCCAGUUCAUUUGGGACAUCACAGAUAAGUUCCAGGGACCUGAUUUCCUGUGCCGCUCCGUCAAGUACUUGCAGAUUGUGGGCAUGUUUGCUUCCUCCUACAUGAUAGUCGCCAUGACAGUAGACCGGCACCAUGCCAUCUGCUGCCCGUUGCAGGCUUACCGUAGCGGGGCAGUCUCCCGCUGGAACACCCCUGUCAUGGUGGCUUGGGGCUUGGCCCUUGUCCUCAGCCUACCACAGGUGUUCAUCUUCUCGCGCUCAGAAGUGAGUCCCGGGGAGUUUGAGUGCUGGGCUAACUUUGCUGCGGAGUGGGGACUCAAGGCGUACAUCACCUGGAUGACGGUGGCUGUCUUUCUACUGCCUGCCCUCAUCAUCACCAUCUGUCAGAUAAGAAUCUUCCGGGAGAUCCACAACAACAUCUACCUGAAGUCAGAGAGGAUGGUGAUGGCUGAGUUGAAGAGGAAUGAAAUCCUUUUCCGUUUCCACAGCUUUAAGAAGGAAGAGGAGCGGCCCAGGGAAAGGGGUCAGCGGGCGUCCGGAGGGGGAAGUUGGGCGGGGCUGCACUUUGAGCCAAUGACCAACAUACCUCCCAAAAACACUUACAAUAAAAGUCAAGUGGCAGAUGUGACAACAACAACCACACCACCUACAGAUCUGCAGCAAGUGAGCAGUACUGACUGUCAGGAGUCCUGCACAUCCUGCGAGAUGGCCUCAGGUUCAGCUUGGUGUAAAGUCGACUAUGCACCGCCUCACACACCAGCGGCACCACCACCAAGCAUCACCACAGCCAUGUCCAAAACAGUCCGAAUGACACUGGUCAUCGUGCUGGUCUACACCGUCUGCUGGUCCCCUUUCUUUAUUGUCCAGCUGUGGGCUGCCUGGGACCCCAAUCCUCCCAAUCAAGGAGUGGCCUUCACUAUCCUCAUGCUGCUGGCCAGUCUCAACUCGUGCACCAAUCCGUGGAUCUACACGGCCUUCUCUAGCAGCGUGUCCAGAGAGCUGCAGAACUUGCUGCAUUGUCGGUCGCGACCUGGACGACGGGGCUCGCUGCCUGAUGACUCAACUACCACGCACACCUCCACCACCAAGGACACCCAGUACUGACUGACUGAGACAAAUGUGGGAAAUUUGCAUGUGCCCUUGCCCUGUCCUCUGAAGAACACAGGUGGCCUGCUUCCGCCAGAUGUUCCCAACAACAAAUGACAGCUAGGCCAUCAACAGGAACUCCAUCUGCAUUGGGCCCCUCCAUACAAACAGAAAAGGAGCGUGUUAUUGGACGUGUCAGUGCAUGACAGAAUGCGCAGUGACAGUAAGUGCGAGGCAUGGUGGCCACACCUCAGCUUUUGAGUGACACGUUUCUUCCCACAUGAAGUUCUGUCAAAUAAAGAUGAGAGGGAAUGCAAGGUGUGAAUCGCAGCGGACGUAAUCGAGGACGAAGGGCUUGCCAACAUUCCAACAUCAAGCCAACAUUAAAGAUGGCGAGGUUGCUGCUGCGGGACUGACAACAGAUAGUGGAUGUGGUGAAUGUUCCAUGGGAAGGUUGUAGUGUAAAUCAAAUAAUGUGAACAAACUUUGUUAAAUCAGAACAAGUGAAUUAGCGAUGGAUGAAUUUAUAUUUGCUCAGGAGGAACCCAGUUUCUCAGAACAAUAGAGAACUGUAAGCGAGCUGGAGAGAGACUCAUUCAAGAGCACAGCGCUAAUUGAAACACACACUCACACAAACAAACAUGAGUCCAAACAGCAGGUUAGGCUCGCAAGAUGAACAAUCCAAAUUUCCGCAAACAACUGAGACACAAUGAUGUGAUUUUAUUACAUGUAUACACAGCAUGUAAAGUAUACAAAGUGACCUUCCUGACUGUGAAACACGAAGAAUUACGCUGAAGAAACAAAAGGAAACAUUUCAAAACCAUUCCAUGCAUGAGAACGAACCAUUUGAAACACAGUGUAUUUAUUUAAAAUGUAUCACGCACAUUAGACAUGAUUAUAUUUCUUGCAAUGUAAAUGUUGUCAGAUGUCACUCAUAAGGUCGUAAUGCUUCAUAACAUGGACGUUAGUAAGCCAAUCCAAGAUAAAAUCGUGGUCUUCUUCCCAAAAAACACAUUUCAAGGAUAUCAAAAGAAACAAAGAAAGUGCAUGCCAGUCAAGCAAUGAAAGUAGUCGUAGUCUAAAGCAAGUGUCUUUGAUGCCCAUGUACAUUUUUAGAGGGGUCCCCCUCUCUGGUUUAAUCACACGCUGAUGUCAGCCAUGUUAUUUUAGGAGGCGCUAUCAGCAGAGGUGGGCUCUUGUGUUCUAUUUCACCAGCACACUUUCAUUUUUCAAUUGUGUUUCUCAACAGUUUCUACCCUAUGUCCAACCUCACACUUUGAAAUCGGUAAUGCAUUCUGCCCCUCAACUGCGUGAACAGACAUCAAAGUACACGUAUUAUAAUUUUUUUUUUAAGUAUUGCUAUAUAGCAUCCUGAACAUGCAGUAGAUAUGAAUGUGUAUUAACUGAGAUCCCACCCAAAUGUACAUUCACGGACCACAGCAUUAGGUACACUUGCACAAACCAAUGAGAACUUAAAAGACUGUAAUGACACUGCAGGUUUCUGUGCCUGAUUCUUACAAUUUGCCCCCAAGUGGCACAAUAAAAAUCAUAUUUUUUAAAUUUCAUUUAAUUUAUUAUACUCACAAAUCCCUCAAGGGGAAAUCCAACUCAUCCAUGGCUGUAUACAGUACUGUGUUGAUCACACACAUGCAGACAUGCAAGCGGACGUGUCAGAGUGAUUAAUCGUACAUCUGGUGAUGUGAAUGCAAUGUAAACAAACAAAUCCGAUCUACUUCGUUCAUGUGAGCCUGACAUC